AUGGAGGAUAGUAAAUUCUGUGCUGGUUGUCAGCGCAAUGAUGAAGAAAACACAGCUGUAUCUUGGUGCAGUGAUUGCAGAGAACUUGUAUGCAAGGCGUGUUCCAGAGUUCACGAACGGAUGUACCCGCCCCACAAGGUAAUACAAACGCAAGAGAUACAACAACUGAGUUCGUCACUUCUUACAUUGUCCAAGAACUGCGACAAUCAUCCAGAUCAAAAGAUUGCACUGUACUGCUGUCAACAUGACAAGGUAGUCUGUGUGUCAUGUGUUCCGGUAUCACAUCAAAAUUGCAAGUCUAUCAUUUCAAUUGAAAAAGCUGCCAGAGGCGUGAAAGAUGGUACCGCUAUUUCUGAUCUAGAGAGAAGAAUUUCGAACCUAUGUCAAGUUACAGAGGACAGACGGUGUCAAAGUGAGAAAAUACUUGCAGAUUUAGAAGAAAGUCGUACCAAAAUAAAGACAAGGGUGUCUGAAAUCAAACGGAAUGUCAUUGCUCAUUUAGAUACGUUAGAAGCAGAGAUACAUAAAAAUAUUGAUUCUAAGUAUAAAAAUUGUACUAUGAGUGUGUCCCGAAAUAAAAAUAGCAUACAAUCCAGCUCAAACUCGCUGUCUACAUGGAAAAGUAAUCUAAAUUCACUAAAGCAACACACAUCAGAAGUUCAUUUAUUCCAGGUGGUAAAAUUUCUAGAUGCAAAAACUUACCAGAAAGAAUUAGAAAUUAGAGAAAUCCAAUCAGCUACUGUUCCGAUACUUAAAUAUCAGCCGUCGGAAUCUGAGUCGAUAAUUAAGAAACUAGUCCGAGACUUAGGUACAAUAACGGUAGAAAAUGUUCAAAUAUCAAUGCCUGUACUAGAUAUAGACAAACAAUGUCAUUUUCCCGUAAGAGACGAAAGAAAGUUAUCACUGUCACAUUCGUUCCUGACCACGAAAUUAGGUGAAGGAGUCAGUAUCUAUAGUGGAUGCUUUAUUCCUGACGAUAGGUUACUUCUCGAUCGAUACAUGGGCAAACAACAUUUUGUUUGUAAACUUGAUGGAUCAAACUCCAGCGUGAUUAAUUCGGAUUAUCAAUCGCAAAAUAUUGGCUUACAUGACAAAAAUCAUGCAGUAGUAGCUGUAGGUGAUGCAGGUAUCCAGAUCAUCGACCUGACAUCAUUGAAGGCUGGAAGGACAAUUAAAGUUGAAGGAAAGUGUUAUGGAAUCACCAGUGUAAACGAUAAGAUAUGGGUAAAAAAUAAACCUCACACUCUAACCAUUGUGAAUAUCAAUGGUAAAGUUCUUAAAGUAAUACAAACAACAUUUGAUCCUUGUGGCAUUUGUGCCAAUCGGGAUGGUGAUGUCUAUUGUACUGACUUAUGUACUAACAAAGUAUUCUUAGUUUCUUCGGAUGGAAAAGAACGUGAGAUAUACAACAGUCCUGACCUGAGAGGUGCUAAUGGUGUAGCUGUGGAUAACCGUGGGGAUUUGUAUGUAUCAGGAUUUGAAUCACACAACAUACAUAGAAUAUCGAAUGAUGGACAGAAACAUGACAUUGUCUUGACAGCAGACGACGGCAUCAAUAGACCGACCGUUUUAUCGUACAACAAUGAAACAAAAGAAUUGUUAGUCUUAAACGACUGUGGUUAUUUAAUCAGUAUCUGUAAAACCCAAUGA